GUAUGUGUCAUGGCGAGCUCCAUCUAAAGUCGCUGCAGUUUCCGGAGAGUGGCGUACUCAUCGUUCAAGAAGAUUUGAGACUAAUUGCGAAUAAUCAAGAGAAGAUGCCUUCUGCAACCUGUGAUACAUUCCUGGAUGACAUAGAAGAUAUUGUGUCACAAGAAGAUUCAAAGCCCCAAGAUAGGCAUUUUGCGAGAAAGCACGUUAUUCCAAAGGUGCGAAGGCGAAAUACCCAAAAAUAUUUACAAGACGAAAACAGUCCACCAAGUGAUAGCACUAUUCCAGGCAUACAGAAAAUUUGGAUACGAACUUGGGGCUGUUCUCAUAAUAAUUCAGAUGGAGAAUAUAUGGCUGGACAACUGGCUGCUUAUGGAUAUAAAAUUACAGAAAAUGCAUCAGAGGCAGACUUAUGGCUCCUGAAUAGUUGUACUGUAAAAAAUCCGGCUGAAGACCACUUUAGAAACUCAAUUAAAAAAGCUCAAGAGGAGAACAAGAAAAUAGUGCUUGCUGGAUGUGUUCCUCAAGCCCAGCCUCGUCAGGACUACCUUAAAGGGCUGAGCAUCAUAGGGGUUCAACAGAUAGAUCGUGUGGUAGAAGUUGUGGAGGAAACAAUUAAAGGUCACUCUGUGAGACUGCUGGGUCAGAAAAAGGAUAAUGGAAAACGGUUGGGGGGAGCACGACUGGAUUUGCCAAAGAUUAGGAAGAAUCCACUGAUAGAAAUCAUUUCCAUCAAUACUGGGUGUCUCAAUGCUUGUACCUACUGCAAAACUAAACACGCCAGAGGAAAUUUGGCCAGUUAUCCAGUUGAUGAGUUAGUAGAUAGAGCCAAACAGUCUUUUCAAGAGGGUGUUUGUGAAAUAUGGUUGACCAGUGAAGACACAGGGGCUUAUGGCAGAGAUAUUGGCACCAGUCUCCCCGCACUGCUGUGGAAACUGGUUGAAGUGAUUCCUGAGGGAGCAAUGCUGAGGCUUGGCAUGACAAAUCCGCCCUAUAUUUUAGAGCAUCUGGAGGAAAUGGCAAAAAUCCUUAGUCACCCCCGAGUCUAUGCCUUUCUGCACGUACCAGUCCAAUCUGCCUCUGACUCUGUGCUCGUGGACAUGAAAAGAGAAUACUGCGUGGCUGAUUUCAAAAGAGUAGUGGAUUUUCUGAAAGACAAAGUUCCUGGAAUAACUAUUGCUACAGACAUUAUCUGUGGUUUUCCUGGAGAAACAGACCAAGAUUUUCAAGAAACAGUGAAACUUGUUGAAGAGUACAAAUUUCCAAGUCUCUUUAUUAACCAAUUUUACCCAAGACCAGGAACUCCCGCUGCAAAAAUGGAACAAGUUCCAGCUCAAGUGAAAAAGCAAAGAACAAAAGAUCUUUCUCAAGUAUUUCAUUCCUACAAUCCAUAUGAUCACAAGAUUGGUGAGAGACAAAGAGUGUUAGUCACAGAAGAAUCUUUUGAUUCCAAGUUUUAUGUUGCACACAAUCGAUUCUAUGAGCAGGUUUUAGUGCCAAAGAACCCCACAUUCAUGGGGAAAAUGGUCGAAGUGAACGUUUAUGAAUCAGGAAAACAUUUUAUGAAAGGGCAGCCAGUUUCAGAUGCCAAAGUAUACACGCCAUCCAUCAGCAAACCAUUAGCAAAAGGAGAAAUCUCAGGUUUAACAGAGGAAUUCAGAAAUAGGCUUGGGAACCACCUGAAUUCAGUAUCCCACACCUUGGAUGCAACUCAGCGAGACUCGGCGAGUUCCAGAAUGGCGCUACCAUUGCAAAGGCUACACCAGGACUGUGCACUGAGGAUGUCUGUGGUCCUGGCUCUGUUUGCUUUUCUUUUUGCUUUUCUGAUCAAGGUCUAUAAUUAAAACACAACUAACUGAAGCAUCUGUGAAGAAGAAUAAUGGGUUCGAUCCCUGGUUGGGGAAUUAAGAUCCCACGUGCUGCACGGUGUGGCCUUUAAAAAACAAAAUCUGUGAAGAGGAAUAAAUUUCUAAUUAAAAUCUUCAAAGAAAAGGAGAGCGACCACAUCAGUUCUCAAAGGGCAGUAAUUUAUACUGUCUCCUUGCCCUUCAGCCACACUCUUUAAUGAGGCUUACCCAGUCUCACCUUGAGUUGGACUCAUUGGUUAUUUGACCUAAAACCCAACAACAGCUGCCAUAGCAUGUCUUUUCAAUUAAGCUCCCCUUGGCUUAUUUUUAGCAAGAAAUGCAAGUGGUCGCAUUUUCUUUAAAUCACCAAUCUUCAAGUCAGAACCUGUUUGUACCGUGGGUCUGGUCACCUCUUCCUUAUGUGGGAAGAAUUUUCCAUUUUCAAUAAACAUUUUUACGUGUAUCUUUCUCUUUAUGCUUUGUUUGGGGUCACGAUGCUACUACACACAUCUUAUUUUCCACAGCAGAUGCGUUCCUGAAAAGUUUACAUGGAAACCUGUUUCUGGAACUUGAAUCCUUUCAGAAUGUACAGGGAGAGCCUACCAAUUAAAGGGCUCCUGGCAACAUUUUGAGAAGCCUGAGGAACCAGCCACUUCUUUAGCUCCCGCAGACUUUUCAGAGACUGGACUUGUCGGAAACAAGCUCUGCCUCUUUUCUGACAUUUUCGAUUGAUUCCAUCCACUGUCUAUUUCUACCUGACAUCACUGGCCUUUACUAAAUGAAGUGAUUUCUUCCACAAUAAAAGGAAUUGGUGUA